AGAUCGCCCCUCUGCUUUGUAGAAGGCGGCGGCGGGGCGCGCGGGUUCCCGGGCAGGGGGAAGAGGGUGCCAUGUGCAGAGUCGCAAGGCCGCGUACCGAGGGAGAUCUUCCGAGCGGCGUCGCGGGCAAUUAUGUAAGCUGCCUCCGUGAUUACCCAGAACUGCGACGCGAGCUCCCUGUUCUCGAAAGACAAGCCUGAAAGUUUGCCUGCUUGGGGAGUAUGGAAAAACUGAGAAUCAGGGAGGGAUAGUGAUCUCUCGAACACUUGGUCAGUAGAAAGGAUCCUGCCCUGUCCUCCAGGAUCCAAUGGCCUUAGAGAGAGGGCUGCAGGGCCCCCGGACACUGCUGACUCUUAAGAAGUGCUGACAUGGAGCCAGGUAGACUGAAAUUACCAUGUGUCCAAAUUAAAAUUGCAUACUUCAAGGAUUAUUUGAAGGACUAUUCUUAGACCCUUUUAAGAAGAUUUAAAGAAAAACACCUCGGCCCUGAGCGCGGCGCGGACCCUGUUUGUGGAUGCGGAGGAGCGCGGGCCAGAGGCCAUGGACGUGAAGGAGAGGAAGCCCUACCGCUCGCUGACCCGGCGCCGCGACGCGGAGCGCCGCUACACCAGCUCGUCCGCGGACAGUGAGGACGGCAAAGCCCCGCAGAAGUCCUACAGCUCCAGCGAAACCCUCAAGGCCUACGACCAGGACGCCCGCCUCGCCUAUGGCAGCCGCGUCAAGGACAUGGUGCCGCAGGAGGCCGAGGAGUUCUGCCGCGCGGGCACCAACUUCUCCCUGCGUGAGCUGGGGCUGGGGGAGGUGACGCCCCCUCACGGGACCCUAUAUCGGACAGAUAUCAGCCUCCCUCACUGCGGCUACUCCAUGGGGGCCAGCUCUGAUGCCGACAUGGAGGCCGACACCGUGCUGUCUCCUGAGCACCCCGUGCGGCUGUGGGGCCGGAGUACGAGGUCAGGGCGCAGCUCCUGCCUGUCCAGCCGGGCCAACUCCAACCUCACGCUCACAGACACGGAACAUGAGAACACCGAGACCGGAAAUGCCGUCUCCAGACCCCUCAUCCCACUCUCCUCCCUGAACGACUUCUCCCCACGCCUGUGA